AUGGGAGUUUCGCAACCCCAAGCUAUUUUUGCACAAUCCACUCCAUUAUUUACAGAUUUAACAACAACCACAACUACUUCCACUAGUGAACCUCCGGUUUCUAUCAACGCAUCUAAUGCGGGGGCAAGUGCUUCAGACUCCACUCUUGGUCAUUCUACACCACCCAUCUCACCUCUAUGCCAAGACGAUCAAGAAAUUUUUGAUGGUGAUGAUGAAGAAGAUUUUGGAGGUUUUACUUACAGUCCAUUCAACAUCAGAAUAGAAAGUGAUGAUGAAGCCCCGAUCACUAGAGGGAAGUUUAAGGCAUUGACUGAAAAGUUGGAUUCCUUAAUUGAGUCCACAAAAACAUCCUCUCGUGGUGAUUACUCUCAAGAAACUAUUAAGGCCUUCUUUGAAACGUUGACGAAGGAACACUCUGCGAACCUUGAAAAAACAAAUCAAGCUAUUAAUGCUUCAGCUUCUAUAUUCAAGGAGACAACCGAAAAAAUAGAGAAGGAUGCUCAAGAAAAGGUUCACACUGGCAUCCUAUCUGAUAAUUCAAAGCUUCACACCUCCUUCUCUUCCAAGAUAUACAAGCUUCAUGAAGACGUAUCCAUUGAUAAAUCAAUCGCGAAUAAGCUCAUAGUCAAAAUAGAAAAAGUGAAGGUUCUGUUUGUCAAGAUCGCACAUGUUGAACAACAGAUUACUACGCUCUUAUCUGAAAAGGCGGUGAUGAAGAUUUGUGUUGAAGAUAUGAACGCCUUACUCUCAGAUAUCAUUGAGAUUCGUGAUUCUCUAAUCAUGAUCACUGUUAGGAAGCAUCUGGCUGAAAAACUUAGGCAUGUGUUCGUGAUGCUCAACAGGACUGAAGCUGAUACAACUGUAAAGCCAAAGUCAGAAUACGAACUGAAGGUUAAUGUAGCUUUGAGUUCUAGAGGUAUAGAAAAGAUCAUUGAUGAAAAUGAUGAAGAAGAAACUGAUGAGCAUGAGCUAAAACGAAGGAAGGCUCGUUAA